AUGGAGGACUCUUCCAAACUUUUGCUUGGGCAGGCCACAUCCAGUUCACCCGCAAGUCCCAUCCGGUUCGAAGACUUGGAGGACGUCCCAGAGGAACGCCACAAGUCGAGUCCUCACAAAGACCCGUCAGUAGAGCAAGCGAAAGAUGAGGCCCUGUCCAAAGAACUGCAAUACCUUUCCAAGAUCAUGAUGGAGCUCCUCAACGAAGAAGACCCGCUGUCCCAACCUCACGCCCGGAAAUAUCUCGCCGACACGUACAAGUCCGAGUCCAGCAUCGCGGAAACGCCCAACUUGAAAGCUGAAUCGAGCAGCAGUCACUUUGCCAAUGUUGCGGCAUACCGGAAGCAGAAUCCUAAGUAUCGCAUUGAGGUGUACAAUACGACUGCGCACGUCAACAGAUAUACCGGCAGAGCAAUGGUCUGGAUGACUCUGCGAGCUUGGGGACUUCCUGGACUGCCGGAUGAUGCUUCGAGGGAGAGCGUCUGUGCGAUCCACUGGAAGAAACAAGCUGGUGGGCUAUGGGUGCUGUUCCGAACUACUGGACUCAGGGGAGGUGGAUUUUACUGUUGA